AUUUUUAACAAGCUGAGAGAACUUAUUGCCUAUUACAACAAAGUAAGAAGAGUAACCACAACUACAACUUGAAAAAAGCGCGAAAGCUCAUAAAAAACUUAUAAGAAUCCAUUCAGUUCACUUCAGAAAAUAGGUCAAGGUGGGCAUUUCAACCAACACGCAUGCGCCUGCAGUGACGUCACGCGCAGCAUUGAACUCUCAAAAUCUGAGCUGACCGCCAUCUUUUUUCCUCGGAGCCGAGCCGUCCAAGGUUACAACACUUCAGUGUAGGCUGUGCUGUUUGUGGCAACUGCCCCUCAAUGAGGUGGUCCUGCAAGUGUUGCAAUUUCUCCUCGCCGAACCAACGCACACUAAUUGUCCAUUAUAAGCUGAAGCACUGUCAUCAGGCAAGAAACUGUCCUCUUCCCUGUGUCUAUGCAGACUGUGUGUGCUCCUUCAGGACAGAAUCAUCUCUGAAAAAACAUUUAACAAGAGACCAUAGUCAAGCCCGUUCAAAGCAGGUGACUGCAAGGUUAAAUUGUGAACUGUGCAAUUUUUCAGAGACUUGUAGUGAUUCACAGUAUUUUGCACAUUUGAAAAUACACAUACACAAUAAGGAAACUGUUAAAUGUCCGUAUAAAGAAUGUAGGUUUCAGUCAAGUGUGUACAGUACUUUUCGUGCACAUAAGAGUAAGAAACAUCACCUCUGUACUGUUGACAAUUUUCGAGAAAACCUGUAUCAAACCUUCAUUCAGGGCACUUUAAACUCUGAAAGUACAAACUUUGAGACACACUCAGACGAUCUAGACUUAACAGAUUAUUUCAUAGAGGAUCUAGACCUGCAUGAUUUACUUCAACACAAAGUUGCAUCUCUCUUACUGCGUAUGCAAACACAUUUGCAUGUGUCUAAAACAACAACUCAGGAAAUAAUAGAUGAGCUUUGUAGUAUUAGCUCAGUUGUAGAAGAGUACACACCAAAAAUAAUUGAAAGUGUACUGAUCAACCAUAAUUGUGCAGUGAACAGUGCAGUCACUGCUGCUAUAACAGAGAUAGUUAAAAAAGUUAACCCCCUAAGUUUCCUGUCAAAAGACGGGCCUUUUGGUUCUGAAUACAAAAGAGAAACUUUUUACAAGAAAAAUUUUAAAGUGAUUGAGCCGAUUGAAUAUGUUUUAGAUACAUCUUCAAGACGGAAAUUUGUUUAUAUUCCGGUUUUGAAAGUCCUGACAGAGCUGUUAAAUCGCAGUGAUGUGAUAGAUAAAGUCUUGGAGACAGGACAUAUUGAAAGAGUUGAACACUUGUCUCAGUACAAAACAUACAGAGACGGUCUAUAUUACAAAGACAAUAUUUUGCUAUCGUCAAAAGAUCUUAGCAUUGCCCUAGGACUGUACAUAGACGACUUUGAAGUGUGCAACCCACUAGGAACAUCAAAAAAAAAACACAAGAUCUGUGCAGUUUAUUGGGUCAUUUCAAAUUUACCUAUACGAUAUAGAUCAUCUGUACAGUCAAUCUACCUUGCAUGUCUGUGUCAUAGCAAUGAUGUGAAGAAAUAUGGGUAUGGAGCCAUUCUUGAACCACUGAUAAAAGACCUUGAAGUACUUGAGCAGCAAGGAUUGUAUGUUCAGAAAUUGGGAACAACUGUUAGAGGUACUGUGCUGUAUGUGUCUGCAGACAACUUGGGGGCCCAUUCACUUGCUGGGUUUCAUGAGAAUUUUAAUGUCGACAAAUUUUGCCGGUUUUGUUUAGCUAGUCGGCAAGAUAUUGACAUUCACGAGGUAAAGGAGAGAGUAUUUCCACUCCGGACAGUAGAAUCUCACAAACAGGACCUUCUGGAAUUAAAAAGACAUCAGUUUGUUUCUGUGAAUGGAGUAAAGAGUGACUGUGUUCUCGAUAGACUUUCUCAUUUCCACACAGUCCAGGGCUUCCCCCCAGAUUUUAUGCACGACCUUUUUGAAGGAAUAGUGCCACGGGAAUUAAGUCUAUGCAUAAAGUCUCUGAUAUCCAAACGCUACUUUACAAUAGAUGAGCUGAAUUCCAUAAUUGAAUCCUUCCCUUUCAAGUUUACAGAUAAAACCAACAGACCUAAUCCAAUUUCAAAGUCUUUUGCAUCAAAAAAAUCUAUUGGUGGGAAUUGCCACGAAAACUGGACACUAUUGAGACUUCUGCCUCUAAUGAUCGGUCACAUUAUACCAGAAGAUGACAAAGUUUGGGGGAUUCUAUUAGAUCUGAAAGAAAUAGUAGAGCUUCUAGCUAGUGGACAUUUUUCAGAAGAGACAUUGGCAUACUUGGAGUGUAAAAUCUCCGAUCACAGGUGCCUAUUAAAAGAGGUGUUUCCUGAUUUCCACCUCCUGCCCAAGCACCACUUCUUAGAACAUUAUCCUGAACUGAUUCGGAGAUUUGGUCCCCUAGUUGAUUUCUGGACUAUUAGAUUUGAAGCUAAGCACAACUUUUUUAAAAGGUUGGUGCAUGAUUCUCACAAUUUCAGAAACAUAUUGCUCACUCUAUCAACAAAACACCAGCUUACUUUAGCUUACCAUCUAGAUUUGCCAAGUCUUUUCAGACCUGAUCUGGAAGUUGGACAUACUGCAGUUGUUUCACCUGAUGCACUUGAGCACUCCAUGAGGCGGGCUGUAGAGCUAAAAUUUGGAAACAUAAGUCUAUUGUCUCUUGCAACCAAUGCCUGCCUGUAUGGCACAAAGUAUUCAGAGGGUAUGUUUCUGUCCGUGGGGCACACCAGUGGCCUGCCUGACUUUGGGAAGCUGGUUAAAAUUGUAGUUGUGUCCAGCAAAGUGUCCUUCCUCAUAGAACCAUACCAUGCAUGGUACAUGGAGCACCUGCGCAGUUAUGAGUUGAUGAAAAAACAGUCUUCUGAACUGGUGAUUGUGGAAUUACACGAACUAAAUGGAUAUCAACCCUUGUAUCCAUACACAAAAGCAGGGAAACUGAUGGUGACAUCAAAAGUUUUUUUGCUUCAUUAAGGUAUAGUUGGGCUGUUAUUUUACUUUUUAAAUGGUGUGU